CGAUUUCUUCAAGUCGUGCUCUCACUAUCAUGUCACUCGUAAUAACUUCUGUGGUCCUAUCCACAUGGAAAUUGGACAGGGCUGAUAGACCUGAAGACGAACAGGGGACCGACGUUUGCUGACUCCAAAAAUAACUCAAGUUUGAUGAAAUCUUUCGCAGCGAUCCUCGAGAGAAUUGUUGGGUGAAGAUUCCGUCCGAUAUCUCUCCCGAGGAAGAUCGAAAGACCAGAGUCAUCCUGGGUUCAAGUACUUUUUUUCCCAUCGAGGUCUGCGAUACAUAAAUAUUCCGCCAUGCAUACGAAGAUGCCUUGAAAGUGGACCAUGACAGCAAUCGUAAAUUAUCGUAAAUUUUCAAUGCACGUUUUCGGGGAGACAUGCCAUUUUCCACUAAUGGGGCCCCCAACACGAGUUGGAAUUUCUGGCAGCAAUAGCCUCGGCAGCAGCGGUGUCCUCAUGGAGGGCACCAUCACCAUCCUCAGCCUUCAGGAACAGCGCCGGGAUCAUCAUCAGGAACAGCUGGAUCAUCCUCCGGCACAUUGGACCGUCCAAUCAUCUGGGCCUCGAACAUUGGGGGGACCCAUUCGGCUCAAGAGGGUCUGGAUUCAUUUCCCUAUCAAUAUCACCAUGCGGUUCGUGCCCGGAAGCAACAUCAUCAACUUCGAGUCCUGGAUUAAAAUGGUCUUCAGCAAAUUGUGGUUCUCCUGGUACCUCAUCCUUUACUCGCGCAGCUACGAAAUCUGCGGCACGAGUAUCAUGGAGCCGCUGAUCAGCAUCACGUCAUGUCACCAGUUCCUUGGCCGCCUGGACAGGUUAAAGCGUCAUGUCCACGAAGAGGUCCAGGAGGCUCGCGGUUUCAUGGAUCUCCUCGACGACUACCAGUCAGAUAUCACAAUGGAGAAUUCGGAAGGAUGUGAUAGCACCGUCAACUCCCAAGCUGGACUCAAUGGUCCCAAUGUUAUGAUUCUACCGUUUGUAUCUUCGCACGGCCCCGCGGACUUCAUGCUACAGCCUGUAUCGUUCAGGGUCAUGGGAUCGCUGUCAGGGGUUACAGCAGGCUUAUUGCCCAUGGUGCUCGCAGUUGUGCCGACUAUAUAAUAAAUCAGCUUCAGCACACCAUGUACUCUGCAGGCAUUCCGGCAUUCUCUGAUCCGCGUGUCACAGAAUCGUCAUUGGAGAGUGUAAAUGCUCGUCAUGGUUUAUAGCUCCAUAGCACGUCCGAUCCU